AUGCCAGUCAUCCUGCACACCGGUGCUCGCGUCGCACCUGGUGACGCCAUCUUCACAUCCCCUGCUGCUGUGACGACCUCCAACGAUGCCCUCGAAGGCGCUGCUGCCGAGGAGGCGGAGGUUGUGCCGGGGGAGGGAUGCGUGGUACAGUACAUAGAGCGAUACGUAGCUCCAAGUGCGCCAGCCUCGUCGGCGCCGUCGGCAGCGGUGGAGCGCUCGAUUAUAGCCACCCGUCACGGCGUCGCACAGUGGGAUGGGCGCCUUGUGUCUGUCUUUGCCCUCGCCUCCUGCGCUCUCGCCUCCGCCGGCGGGGCAGAGUACGUGACGGCGUGCGGCGCAGGCGCCUCGGACGGCUCUGCAGUCUCGUCUCCGCGACAAGCCGUGCUCGGGCCGCGGCCGGGCGACACGGUGCAUCUCCGCAUCACUCGGCUGAACCGCCUCUUUGCCUUUGGCGAGAUCAUUGCCGUAAACUGGAGUUGGUGUAGCCAUCGCAGCAUCUUCUCUGCGGCGGCCGGCGGCGGCAGCAACAGCGGCGUCUUCAAGGGCGUCCUGCGACAGGAGGACAUCCGACCGUUCAAGCCUACGAAAGACCAGCUGCUGCCCCCUCCGCCGUCGCUGGCCUUCGGAGUGGGGGAUGUCGUGCUCGCCGAGGUCAUCUCACAGUCCGACGUGCACCAGUACCAGCUCAGCACCACUGGCGAGGGCUGCGGCGUUGUGGAGAGCUUCAUAACCGCUGUCGAGGGGCAAUACGGAGGCCAAGCGAAGGUGAAGCUGGAGCACGUACCCGGCCGUCGCGAUGCCAUGAUGAUCCGGAGCACAGGAGAGGUGGUGCCGCGGUGGUGCCCGCUGCUGCCGUAA